AUAUAGAAAAUAUUGUCAUAGGUUUUUUUUUAAGUAAUUAAAAAAACCACAAUCGCAAAAAUGUACGGCGUAUCACCGUCAGCGCUUGAUGUAAAUAAUCAGCGAUAUCGACUUCGUGAUAUUGACAACGAGCAAAUCAUGUCAACUUUUGGAAAUAUUGGACAUUCAUUAAGCAUAUCCGUGGAGAGAUUUAUAACAAUCGGUGAAAUAAUUGCUGAGGAAAAUACGGAUAUUAAAGCGGAUAUGUAUGAGGCGGCAAGAGAAGCGAGGGAUGCCGGCAAAUCCAUUGAGCAAUUAUGCGAUCUUUCACCUGUGAGUGGAAUGGAGCUCCGACAUCAUAUUGAACCCUUAAAGGAUUAUGGUGCUAUUGUAUUGGCCGCUAGAUCACUUCUCUCGUCGAUAACGCGCAUUCUUCUGCUGGUGGAUAUUAUUGUGGUUAAAAAACUACUCACGGCAAAGAAGCGGGCCUCGGAGAGUUUGGAAAAACUGGAAUCUGUGAUGAAUUUCACUGAAUUUGUUCGGGCGUUUUCGAUAUUUGGAACCGAAAUGAUUGAGCUGGCUUAUUUAACGGGCCAUCAUCGGAAUUCGUUUAAGGAAGAACGACGACGAGCUCAGAUGUUUUCGGCCCGUCAGAUACUUGAGAAGUCCAUAUCGAUAUUGUUGACCUCAUCGAAGAAUAGUUUAAUCCACAGCGAUUGUGUCAUAGUUAAGGAGAAUCGCGAUACCGUUUUUUGUCAAAUCCGACGUGCAAUGGAUUUAAUACAUUUCGUUAUCAAAGAUAGUAUUUUCGAUUCGGCAAAACAUAUGGCAUUUCGCAAUAAUGCUCGCUGCAACUCCAACUACGAGAAUGAAAGUAUCUAUACGACAAUCAAGCGUAUUAUAAAUCUAAUUAAGAGAUUCAAACUGCAGACAAUUCAAUAUGAUUGCAAUAGCAACAAAGAGGGUAAUUUAAAUGGGGACACGUUCUACUCGCUAUUCGAUGAUGACGAUUGGAAGAGUGAAAAGAAUUUAGCACCGAUUGCCGGUAGUCAUAUGAUCAAGAAUACGAAUUAUAAAAAACAUAUGAACUAUGAAAGUUUUGACCUGAGGGAGGAAUUAUCCCUGGCGUUUGACAAACUGUUUGAGAAGGCGCACGAUUUUACAGAUUCGCCGUAUAUAAGUCACGAUCAUCGGAAAAAUAUAUUAACCUACUGCCACAAUUGUAAACUCGAAUUUGAUCUGUAUCUCAAUCAUUUAAUCAAGGAACAACACGAUAAUAAUAGUCGCGGUGUGGGAGCAACGGUGCAGGGAGGCAGUGUAGAACCCGAAAUGGGUAUGCUUGCUAGUCUGGAGGAACUGUGCAAACAGCUGGUUAUAUCUGUGUCCAGUCAGAUAGCCGAUUUCAAUGAAUCGCUCACCAUAUGCACAAAGAUUGUGAAAUCGUUUUACAUUUUGGCCAUGACCCACGAUCUGGAGAAUUUGAAUCAGUGUUCGACCAAAUUUCACGACUGCUGUGAUCAUAUUUUUGAUAUCUGCAAACUAUUACAACAUAUAGCGCCAACUGAAAGACUUCAGGUCCAUGCCAAAUGUCUGGCCAUCAACUUAAGAAUAUACGGGCCACAAGUAUUCAUCGCUGCAAAGAUACUGUGGAAAUAUACCAACAGCAGUGCGGCAAAUGAGAAUUUUGAAUCAUUCUUGGAUAUGUGGAAGUGGCUAAUCAAUGAGAUCUCAACCAUUGCCAAAAAGAUACUUGCCUCAGUGGACACAACUAAACCGGCUAAGGAUACCCAAUUAGAGAAAUGUGAAACUGGAAUAAAAUCGACAAAACCAUAUGCGGCUGCGACAGAUGAAAGAGAAAUGGUCGAGUAUUCGGGCAUAGAUGGUAAAAAUAAUGGAGAGACGAAAUGGGCCGAGGAUCUAGCCGAUGACAAUGAUAUUUUGAAAAGAGCUAAAAAUAUGUCGGCGAUGGCAUUUUUGAUGUAUCAAUUUACGAAAGGAAGCGGCUCUUUAAGAACGACACAAGAUUUGUUUACUCAGGCGGAAUAUUUUGCUGAAGAAGCCAAUAGACUAUAUAAGGUUCUACGACAUUUUUCAUAUCAGGUGCCAGCCAGUGAUAACAAAAAGGACCUGCUAGGUAUUUUAGAUCGAGUGCCGACUUUUGUCCAAGCUCUACAAUUUACAGUUAAAGAUCAUACAGUGGGAAAAGCAGCCACAUUUGUUAAGGUUGAUCAUGUCAUAAGGGAAACCAAGAAUCUUAUGAAUGUUAUCAAUAAAGUUGUAUCAAAAUGUUUUGAAUGCGCAAACAAGCAGCAAGUGCGAGUUGCCGAUGCUUCUGUCGCACUCCAGAGGCCGGGAGCCGGGCUUCAUGAAAUGCUUCGGAGAGACGACUGGAAUCUUUCUUUGACUGCAUAAGUUUUAUCGUCAUAUUGCUGUGAUCUUUAUAACUAGCUCGAAUCUACCCAAAACCAUUUUAAAGAUAAACGAACAAUGAUAUUCCUCAGUAGGUACAAAAAUAAAACUAGCAACAUCAGACAAAUAAAUUAUCAUAGGAACAAUUGCUUCAAAAUCAAGUUCCUGUUAUCUUUACAUUGUUGGCUUGUAUUACAAAUUUUCAUCUUAAAAUUAUAUUGCGGCACCAGCUACACACUCCACUCUCUCAGUGUACGUUGCUAUCACAUAAGUUGCAAGGAAAUUUAUUGACAUUUCGGUCACACUCAAAACCAGCACUCGGGACAACGUUCAGUAACAGCUUGCUAUCUCGCUCCUUCAAACUUGUUUGAGAGCGUCGCGCAAAGCACAACUCUCUAAGAAUAGAGAAUAACGUUCAAUUAAAUAACGGAAUAAGGCGAAACAGCAACGCUUUUCAUUUAUUGGUCACAUUGCCAAUAUUUUACACAUAUACACAUCCUCUUUUUCUUCUACGUUAUUUACAAUCUAGUUUUGGGUAAUAUGUAAAAUUACAUUUUAAUUUAAAGGAAUUG